UGUCAUUUAGGUGAUUGAUUCCACUUACAUCAAUGUAUGUAACACAAAUCCUAACAUCACAAAAAGGAAGUUUUACUAUUUUGUAGGGAUGCUCUCUUCUGCAUCGACUGUUGUGUGAUUAAGGUUGCAAAAUAAGAGAGCUACUACGCAUUCCACAUCAAAUAAUGCUAUCGACGAAACAACCCAUUAUCCAAUCCAGUAUAUCACCAUGACCUGGCACAAAACCAAUCUUCACUUUUUUACAUUCGCGUUCUAACAGCAGUUACACAAUCCGUGAAUGUCUUAGAUAGUUGUAAGUGAAAUAAGGCUACUAAGUGGUAACUAAGAAUCCGACUAGCUCAGCUAGUAUACUUCCUUGCUCGUUUGCUAAGCAUGGUAGUGAAACUAGGAACGGAGUUGACUUGUUAGAGCUAGGAUGUUGAGUGAAAGUAAAGUAAAAGGGCUAGUCACACGAGCCAGGGAGCUAGUCAGCUUGAUGUAGUUACUACGGUAAAGUGGAGUGAAACGAGUUGGCAGUAGAGACCACAGGAACGAGCCACACCUAUGAUCUUUUAUCAAAUGAGCAUGCGUUCUAAUAAGGGAAUCAAGAUGCUCAACCAGAGUAGAUAGGCGAACAACAGAAAACUUUGAUUAUAUACUAGGGAAAAUAGCCAAAAUGGCCAAGACUUGGUCGACCUUUCGAAAAUAGCCAAGUCAAACGUCUUGGGGAGACGCCACCAAUGGGGUCUAGCGUCUUGGCGGCUGACCAACCAUACGCUGCCACGUGUCUGACAGUAAACUCAGGCGUCUGGACGUCUUGGCUGAGACGUUUCAGACGGCUUGAGACGUUUCGUUAUGGCUGCCCACUUUUUCAAACGGCUUGAGACGUUUCCACCCGGCUUGAGCCAUUUCACUCUCUUUAGCCGGCUACAUCAGCUCGAGCCGGAUUUCUUAUUUUAACACGUUUGUUGUAUGAAUUGAAGACGUUUCUGUAUGAGUCUAAGACAUUUUGUAGGAAUUUAAGGCAUUUUGCAUUUAUUUAGAGGGAUCCCUAAUUUAAAUACUGUACAUUAUGAAAAACCGUAUUUGAAGUAUAAAUCUAAGAUUCUAAGAGUUUGUUUUUUAGUAAUUAUCUCACAACAUGAGGGUCAAGUUUGUUGUUUAUACUAGGGGGAAGUGAGAUGUCAUUAACGGAAACAUUGAGUAUGUUACUGAUGGCGAUUCAAGGAGGCGUGGUUUAAAAAUUGAAACAGAUCAUUCAUAUAAUAGUUUUUUAAACUAUGUUUCUAAGAUGUGUGAUACUCCAAACAUUACACGGUUGUCAUACCGGAUGUCUACGUUUACUGAUCCGAUCGAUAUAAUUAAUGAUCGAGAUGUUAGAUUUUUUUUUGAUUUGGCGAUACAGAAUCCUUUUGAAUUAUAUAAAUUAUAUGUUAUUGAAGAGUCUGGUGUGUUGGUUCCUCUAGUUUUUCUUCUUUAAACAACUUCAAAACUCCAAAUCUAAAUAUUUCAGUAAAAGAAAGUGUUGAUGUUUUAAACGAUGAGUGUCCUAUUUUAGAAAAUAAUUUUGAAAAAUCAUCCACGUCUAACAACGAAUCAGCUUCUUCAUCUUUAGUGUUUGAUGCCGGUCAUAUAUUCAAUAACAAAGAAGAGAUGAAGCUUGAGUUGGGAAAGAAAUGUUUGUUAGAGCAUUUCGAGUUUAAAGUUGAUAGAUCAUCUAAGACACAGUAUGAAGUGUCAUGCAUGGGUGAUGGUUGUGAAUGGCGAUUUAAGGCAUAUGAUAUUCCUGGUGGUAGUUUAUUUUUGUUAAACAUAUGAAUGAUAGACACACUUGUUCGAAGACGCAAACACACCCACAUUUCCGUCAGGCUAACCCAAAGGUUUUGGUCACUUUUUAAAUGAACAACUAAAAGACAUUGGUAGGAUAUAUCGAGCAAAAGAGAUUGUCAAAGAUUUUAGACAAAGGUUCGAGGUUGAGAUAACAAACCUUCAAGCUUGGCGUGGUAAAAGCCAUGCACUUGAACUUCUACAAGGAACAACCUGAGACUCUUUUGCCGAACUACCAAUAUACUGUUACAAUUUGAAGCUUGCAAAUCCUGGAAGCGUUACUCACAUCUUGGUUGAUGAGCAGAGUCGUUUUGAAAUGGUUUUUGUUGCGUUAGGUGCUGCGAUUCGUAGCUUUAUGUUUAAUCUAAGACCGGUCGUUAUCAUUGAUGCGGCACACCUAAAGGGUGAAUUUAAAGGGACGUUGUUUUUAGCAGUGGCCAUGGAUGGAAAUAAUCAGAUUUUACCAAUUGCUUAUGGCAUAGGAAAAUCAGAGGAUGGUGAAUCUUGGACAUGGUUUCUCUCAAAGCUUAGAGAGUGUGUUGGUGAAAUAGCAGAUAUGGCGAUCAUUUCGGAUAGGGCGAAUUCUAUACAUGUAGGUGUUAGAAACGUGUUUCCACGUGUUUACCACGAGUUGUGUUGUCGUCAUUUGAUGAUGAAUUUACAUUUGCCGUCAUUUAAAAAAAGAAUACGAGGCACUAUGGUGGAAGACAUGUAAAUCUUAUCGGAUGUCUGACUUUAACGAGUCAUUCAAUGCUUUGUGUCUUGUCGUUCCUAGAAUACGCCAGGUUCUAACAAAUAUUGGGUUUGGUAGAUGGGCAAGAGCUCAUUGUCCCG